CACUUCAAGAGAUACGAGGAAGAGAAAGAGAGCAAGUUUGGUCUUUGGAUUCGUCCUUUGCAGUUCAUGAAUUUUCUAAUCUAAGAAAGAGCAGAAGUUAUCAUGGGUUGCUGUCAGGCAACAAGGCGACGUUCUGCGGAAACUGGGUUGAAGCCGAGACUGGAGACCCGCUCUGAACGAGCGACUAGCAGCAGAGAAAACGUAACGAUACUCAGUGGUCCUGCUGUUGGCGUUUGCCCGAAGUUGGGUGGAUCACUUAAGUACUUGGACUGGGAAGGAGAGGAUCCAGCGACACCAGAACUUGACGAGCUGCGGCAUGCAAUCUGGAGCAUGGAUAAACACAGAUAUGAGAAGAACAAGAGUGCAAAGCGGCACAAAGUUCACAGGUAUGAGAAGAACAAGAGUGCAAAGCAGCACAAAGUUCGUCGUCUUUCCUUCUCGGCUCAAUAAUUUUGUAAAACAGACGAAGACAUUUGAUAAGUAUGCAAUU